GACACGAUCCCACCGCGGCCCUCGGGCCUCAGAGCCCGCGCUCCCUACGCGCCCCCUCCCCGGACGCCCCACGCGGGACGCGGACGCCGGCUACCCACCCAGGAGAAGGCCGUCCAUGUCAAAGAGGAGGAAGAUGAAGAUAUUUUUGCUUCUGCUGCUCUUCCUGUGUGAGGCCCAGAGCCGUGCCACGUCAAGGCCCAACUUUGUCGUGCUGAUAGCUGACGACCUUGGCAUUGGAGAUCCCGGGUGUUAUGGAAACAAGACCCUCAGGACUCCCAAUAUUGAUGGGUUGGCCAAAGGAGGAGUGAAACUCACUCAGCACUUGGCCGCGUCUCCACUAUGCACGCCAAGCAGGGCAGCCCUCAUGACAGGCCGGUACUCCAUCCGAUCAGGAAUGGCGUCUCGGUCGCGUGUGGGCGUUUUCCUCUUCUCAGCUUCUUCUGGAGGACUUCCCAGCAGUGAGAUUACAUUCGCCAAGCUCCUGAAGACUCAAGGCUAUGCCACAGCUCUGAUAGGGAAGUGGCACCUUGGGAUCCACUGCCACAACAAAACCGACUUUUGUCACCACCCUUUAAACCACGGCUUCGAUUAUUUCCAUGGGCUGCCCGUGACCAACUUGAGAGACUGCAAACCCGGGCAUGGCACUGUCUUCAUGUCCGGCAUCAGGCUGCUGGUCUUCAUUCCUCUUCAGGUCAUUGCGAUUGCCCUCCUCACCUUGGCAGUGCUCAAGUGGCUGGGGCUCUGCCACGUGCCCCCUGCCGUCUUCUUCUGCCUCAUUUUCCUGGCCGCUCUGAUCCUUGCCUCCCUGCUGUGCUUCCUCCACUACUUCCGGCCCCUGAACUGCUUCCUCGUCAGGAACUACAACAUCACCCAGCAGCCCCUGUCUUAUGACAACCUCACGCAGAGGCUGACAGAGGAUGCGAGCCAGUUCAUACGACGGAAUGCCAAGAAACCCUUCCUGCUGGUCAUGUCCUAUCUUCAUGUUCACACGGCCCUCUUCGCUUCCAAGGACUUUGCCGGGAAAAGCCAACACGGCAUUUACGGGGAUGCUGUCGAGGAAAUGGACUGGAGUGUGGGGCAGAUCAUGAACGUGCUUGAGGAGUUAAGCCUGGCGAAUGACACCCUCGUCUACUUCACUUCCGACCAAGGAGCCCACGUGGAAGAAGUGACCAGCAGAGGAGAAGUUCAUGGAGGAAGCAAUGGGAUCUACAAAGGGGGAAAAGCAAACAACUGGGAAGGAGGUAUCCGGGUGCCAGGACUCCUCCGAUGGCCGGGAGUUCUCCAGGCGGGGCUGGAGAUCCAUGAACCAACCACCAACAUGGACAUCUUUCCGACAGUGGUCAAACUGGCUGGGUCCCCGCUGCCUGAAGACAGGAUCAUUGACGGGCGGGACCUGAUGCCCCUGCUACUAGGGAAACGCCAACGCUCCGAGCACGAGUUCCUCUUCCAUUACUGCAACUUCUACCUGAACGCUGUGCGCUGGCACCCGCCGAAUAGCACGUCCAUCUGGAAAGCCUUCUUCUUCACGCCCAAGUUCGCCCCGGAGGGCGCCAACGGGUGCUUUCCCACCCACGUGUGUUUGUGUUACGGGCACUUCGUCACCCACCAUCACCCGCCAUUGCUCUUCGAUCUUUCCAAAGACCCCAGGGAGAGAAACCCAGUAAGUCCCACGACCGAGCCCCGGUUCCAGGAAAUCCUGGAAACCAUGCAACGCGCUGUGGAUCGUCACGCCCAGACCGUGCAAAGAGUCCCCAAUCAGUUGUCUCUGGGGAACAUUCUGUGGAAGCCGUGGCUUCAGAUGUGUUGCUCCUCCUUCUUCAGCCUCUCUUGCCAGUGUGACCAAGAAACACAGGAUGGACCGGUGAGCCAUUAGCUGCUGUGCAUCUGGGGACACGACGGACACAUGGUGUCCACCGCAGCUCUUUCAUUACAAAGGCACACUGGGGGUGACGAUGGGUCCAACCAGUGCUGCCAGCACUUGGACCUGGGAUUCAUUUCUCUAUCUCAUCACUGAAAGCCCCAGAAAGAGCCGCCCAGCGACCCUGUGGGGAAGAAAAAAAAAAGCCAAGGUUUGCCGAUUGUAGAGGGACAAAUGUUCAUUGGACGUGUACGUUCUGUGGCCAGCUCCAGUGCAGACAGGUGGUACGAUAGUGCAAAAGGCCACUUGGUCACCCCUCGACAAGCGUGUGUGAUCAGCCGUGCGUGGUGGCUGUUAACCCGCAAUCCCAUACGAUGGCAUGGCCGCCAUCACACCGCCACUGCUCCGAUAAAAUAGGGAAUCCCACGUUUCAAAGCCUUUAGUAAAUCUUCACCCACGCAGCUUUAUACUCAGUAAAGGGCCGUCUUCCAUACCAAUAACAGGUGAUGAGAUACGUUCCUGUGUAGUUAUUGGAAGGCAAUUAUUAGCAGUAUUAUUUAGAACAUAGGAAAUGCUAUUCAGAAUUCAUAUAUUUAGAUAUAACGUUUAUUUCUUUCCUUGAGAAGGUUAAGAUAUUUCAAAUAUGGAACUGCAAAGUUAUCACUAUCUAACUAAAAGCAAUCGCCUCACAGACAGAUUCUGACUUUCAAUGUGGAUUUCCCAUUCCAGAAAUUGCUGAAAACCUGUCACAUUGUUUUAGGAAACAGUCUUAUUAAAGAGCGCACUAAAGUGUUAAUACUAUGUUAGGAUUAUUGCUGAUACCAUUUUGCAGGAACUGCUUAAAGCCGCUUAAUUUAUGUGUUAUUAAUAUUAAUUUAUGUGUUAUUAAAGUCAUUAAUUUAUGUGUUAAGAUGAUUCUCUUUUCUCAAAGUUUAACAUACUCAAUGCCAGUGGACUUUUAGAGAACUCUUUAUGAUGUGGGAGUGUGUGUUGGAGGAUUAAGUAACUUGAAACAUGUUUACAGGUUAUGUGAACACAUGUUUACACAUAGAGUCAUUGUUUAUUCUGUGCAAUGUCAAUGGAAAAUGAAGGAAACGUAUACCUCUAGAGGUAAAAUGAGCUUUUCAAGAAGCAUCUGCCUCGGAAUAAUGUAGCUCACCCUUACUUUUCAGGGUUUUUGAAAAUCAGCUGUAUUUCUAAUAACCAUUUACCCUCUGAAAGUUCUGCUUCCAAUGUCCAACAGGAAAAUAGAAUUCUUUGGUCUGGGAGAGACCGAACCUUGAAGACCUAGGUUUUUGUUUUGUUUUGUUUUGUUCACAGAAUGGUCUGGCUACUGGUUUUCCAAGCAUCCAUUGUUAUUACCUCUUGAGUUGUAUGUCCAAAUUUCAGUGGGUUUGGAAGCUUUAAGUAUAUUCUUAACAAAAACAAACAAACAAACAAACAAAAGACGUCACAUUCUCAGCGUUUCAUAGAUAUUACAAGCUAAGCAAAGAGUAAUAUGUAGAGAAGCAUUGUUUUAAGAGAUCAGUAACAGUGCACGAAAGACAACAAUGCCGCUUGUGUGUCACGGUCCUCAAGGAUUCAGGAAAGGAAACAGACUUGCUUGAGAUUGCUCUGAAGGUCACACAGGGAAGAGAGGAGAAAAGAAACAGGGAAAGUGUUUGGUCUGCGUCUGUAAAGUGAGUAUCUCUGGUUCAGGCUUCUUAAACCCUCAUUCUACUCAUGUUAAUAAGAAGUGAAAAUAAAAUUUUUCUUGACGAAAAUGUCG